AUGAACACAAAUACAUUUAAAUCAUUAAAUCUCCAUUCAUUUUUAUUAAAAAUAUGCGAAAAAAUAGAGUACAAAACCCCCACAAAAAUCUAAUAAUUAUCAAUUCCAGCAAUUUUAAAUAAAAAAAACGUCGUAAUAAAUGCUGAAACAGGAAGUGGUAAAACUGCUGCUUUCAGUUUUCCCAUUUUACAAUUUCUUUCUGAAGAUCCUCGCGGAAUAUUUGCCAUAGUCCUAACCGCUAAUAGAGAAUUAGCACUCUAGAUAAGUGAAUAAUUGAGUAUUUUUGGUUCUUCAUUAAACCUGAGAGUGUCUACACUUGUUGGAGGUAUUGAUUUUGCUAAGCAGGCUUCUGAAUUGGAACUUAUUCCUCAUAUAAUAGUUGGAACACCAGGCCGAACAGCCGAUAUGUUAAGAAAAAGUGAUAUUUUUCGCGAAUAUGUGGAGAAUUUAGAAUUUUUAGUGCUAGAUGAGGCCGAUAGAUUAUUUGAAGAAAAAGUGUUUACUGAUAUAUAGGAAAUAAUAGGCUAAAUUCCUGAAAAAAAGCAAGUAAUAUUAGCCACAGCGACUAUAAACGAAUAAGAUUUUUGCCCAAAAAAGCUAUAGAAAAUUUUAUGUAUAAAAGACAAUAUAGAGUUUUUUAGUACAAACAAAUAAAAAAAAAUGGUAUAAACUGUCGUUUAAAAAUAUGGUUUAAUCCCCGAACUUGUCAAAGAUGAAUUUUUAAUAAAUAUACUUGAAAAAUAUAAAGAAACAUAAAUAAUAAUAUUCACAAAUAAAUGCCAAACAUGUAAUUUUUUACAUUUCUUAUUAAAAAACCUAAACUUCUCAAACGUAAAUUUGCAUUCUAAAUUAAAAUAAUCCCAAAGAAUAGCUCAUUUAAAGACUUUUAGAAAUUAAACUGUUAAUAUUCUAGUUUCGACAGAUGUAGCAUCUAGAGGUUUAGAUAUUCCGGCAGUUUAAUUGGUUAUAAAUUACGAUAUGCCGAGAAAUUACGAAGAUUAUAUACAUAGAGUUGGUAGAACAGCCAGAAAAGGCAAAAGAGGGGUCUCUAUUAGUAUUUGUACAUAAUUUGAUGUCGAACUUUUGAAAAAUAUAGAGGCUAAUAUAGGAGAGGAAAUGAAGGAAAUUCAAAUCGAUAAUGAAAUUAUUAAUGGUUUAUAGGUAAAAGUUGGAAAAGCUAAAAAAAUAGUCAAAAUUUAACUAUCAGAGAAAGAAUCGAAAAUAGAAUGA